AUCCUUUUGUACAAUACUGUGGUUUUGAUAUUAAAUGCUAUGGUUUAAAUCUUAUAAAUAAAAAUAUCAAUAAGACAUGUUUUCAUUUCAAGGGGUGUUUUUUCCCCCUCAUGUAAAAAUAAUAUCCACUCAGUUUUGAUGUUUCUUAUGUGAUGACUUAUUUUGUCAACUAUAUGCAGUUGAAAAUUAUGCAGAUAAAGUCUGCAAUUCUUUUCUCACAAUUAUUUUUUUAAUGGGAAAUAUAUGCCUAUAUUAUUUUAUUAAUACUGUAACUAUUUGCGUUUCAUUUUAAAAUUGUCUGCAUGUGUAAAACAUGCUAUAUCAUUUCUUUUCGUUAAUCUAAUGCUUUAAUAUUUAUGUGAAGUUGGAUAAUUAAUGUUUUCAUUAGUUUUAAAUAUUUUUAUUGCUGAUUCGUUGCUUUUUUUAUACAUAGGUGUCAGUGAUCUUGAAUAUUCACGAAAUUCUGAUGGAACCUCUGGUAUUAGCUUUACUUCAUUGAGGAGUAGUGAUAAGUCUGAUAUAUACCAGUGUGAUGCUUGUUCAUACUCCUCAAGAUUUUUGGGCAACUUAAAGAGACACUACUUGAUUCAUACUGGCCAGCGUCCAUAUGUCUGUUCAUUUUGUGGCAAAGCUUUUAAUCAAAAAGUUACUCUUACCACUCACAAACGAUUGCACACAGGGGAACGACCAUAUCCCUGCAGUAAAUGUCCGCUUCGAUUUCACAACAGGGCUUCACUUAUAAGACAUUUUUUGAAACAUGAAGAACAAAGUUUAUUAAUCCCUGUCAUUGAAGAUUCUGGAACAAUUCUUCGUACCUACAAGUGUCCUUUCUGUCCUCCUUCAUUGCCUCAUACUGAAGAGCGGCAAUUUGCUUUUGCUAUCUGUUUAUGGUUUAUUUAUUCGAAUAUUAUUAUUUCUCUUUUAAUUCCAGGUGGUGAUGUGUUAAAAAUGUUGACUUUUUCAUCUCGAAAAAGAAUUAUUAAUGGACGCUACCGCUGCAGCAGCUGUUCUUAUUCCACAAAUUAUUUCUCAAAUCUCAAAAGGCAUAAUCUAGUUCAUACUGGAGAAUGUCCAUUCUCCUGUAAUGUUUGUGGUCGAUCAUUUAAUCAAAAAGAUUCUUUGAAACGCCAUUUUACAAUACAUUUUAAGACAGCAAUGUAAAAAAU